GGAUUGCACACUGUCCUCAAAAACUGAAGGGGUAACCAUUUUCAGAGUUUGAUGAUAUCGAGAGAAUCCCUGUUUCAUCAAUCUACGAAAAGUCUGACAGGAAAGAGUAAUCCUACGGCAGCAUAAAAACUCUUGGAAAACUUUCACAAGCCACAUUCUAGGCGCGAAUCUACAGGCAGCUGCACAUAAUUAAAAACAAACGCGGUCCUCCUGUUUUAAUAAAGGAAUGAAGAGAGAUUAUAGAAAGGAAAACGGCGCCUGUUAGAAACUUUUUGAACUAUAUUUUGGAUUUGUUUGUGUGAUUUCUUCAUCGCAUCAUCGUAGAUUGGUCAGCUACUCCAAAGCCUCCAGUGUUGCCCGACGUUUGCUCAGUGAAUCCGUGAAGUUGACGGAUAGAAACUAUCCAACUUAACUCAGAAACAUGAAUUCAACAAUAAGCACCCUACUUUCCUUAGCAGCUCUUCUUAUCAUAGCCGUCCAGAUGUCAUCAGCAUUAAGUAUCACAGAAGGCCCUCAAGGAGGCUCGGCAUGGGCUUUGGAGGAUAAUGAAGAACCGGUCGAUUACAGGAGUGUAUUGAAACUGAUGAAAUACGAGAUUUUGCUAAAACUGAUGAACGAUUUAUGCGACGAGCUCGAUAUGUGUCCACCAAGCCAGGUGCCUGCCAGACAAGCACCCGUGGUCAGAAGGGGUGAUAACAACCAAGAGAGGAGGAGAGGUGGCGCGCAUCUAUUCUGGAGGACAGGCGUAUUGAAUAAGUCACCAAUCAUGAAAGCAGCUAAUUGAGAAUCAUUCCACUCAACCAUCUGAAGAACAUAAAGUAUAUGUAGCAUAUACAACUUAAUAGAAGAAAAGUUAUGAUGAUGAUGAUGAUGAGAACCUUACCUAUAAUAUUCCAGUUGGAGGGGUUGUCCUUUGAAUUACUUAAAAAAUAUGGAGACGAUUUUAUUCUUACUUCUUCGCAUGGGUAUCCUAAGAUAUCUCGGACCAACUUCUGUUUUUCUUUAACAAUGACGACACUUUACCGAUAUUGAUUAUGUAUACUAUAAUUUAUUGUAACAAAAUGCAAAUUUAAUGGAAGUGUUCAAAAAUUUGACUUCUAUUAAGAACGUUCCAUUUGUCAAUGGAUGGGAGGGAUGGGUUCUAAAUGUCUACAUCUUCAUUAAUAACGAUGUCUAACAUGCAUGCGAUUUAAUGAAUUUUGCACAUCUACGAAUGUCUCUUAAUUCUAUUUGAAUUUCAGUCACCUUAAAAAAUGGCGUGUUCUAGAAUAAUCGUUACAAAAUUAAAAAUAAGCAUACUGGAAUAGCAAAGCGCCAGGAGCAUCAAAUGUGUCUCACAGAGAUGAGUAGUAUACCAGAAACCAUAUUCAUCAGUAUUAUUAUUAUUACUAUUGUCAUUUGAACUUGUUACUGAUUAAUUUGCUAUCACGUAACGCGGUUGAAUUUGUCAAUAAUGUAACGACAGUAUCCCACUGUAACAGGGCUGACAGGUGCCUCCCCCCUCUCUUUCGUAACUUGCCGAGGUGGCUUUCACUAAGUCCAUGCCCACGGCCAUUUGUUAACGGGUGUACUUGAAAUCGUGUACCGAGGCCACUUAGCUUCGGUUAAUAGCCCCUUGGUAUUAGGUUGUGGGGACGUCUUGCCACUGUACCCAAUCUCCACGGAGUCCUUCAUACCAUCGUUCUAACAUCAUGGCUACCAAUAUUUGAAUUCAUGAAUACCAAAAAGCGGAUGAUUUCGUAGUACACUUGGGAAAAAGACCCACCGUUCAUUCACCUUUCCUUAAAAAAAGAAGGGGUAGUUAUCGGAGCUCUCUGGCAUUUGAAGUAAACUAAUUUCCAAGAAGGGGUCUGGUCUUUCGUUUAUCAGGUUUCUGUCAAUGCAUACUGUAGCUGGAAGGUUUUACUAGGGGGUAGUACACAUACUUAUUGUAUACAAUUUAAUGAUGUUGUGUUUCUUCCCAGGUACGGAUUCUUUUCAUCAACUAAACGAUUUAAGUUUAGAAUUGAUUGACCUGCUACCUUCGUAUUAGUAAUAGGCCUAUGUAACUAUUCAACAAGAGAAAAUAAGUUUGAUUUUUCUUUAGUCAAUUUCUUGAAGAAAAACACUGUUAAAGCUAGCAUCACAUGAACUUUAUUUUUAAACAUUAUCUUUUUAUAUUAUGACUUUGUGUUCAAAAGAUGUUGCUGAAUAACCAUUUUAGAGAAGUGAAUGCAAGAAUUUCGCAAUGUUCGCAUUGUACCUGCAAAAUAUUCAGUACUCAUAGGCCUAUUCCUUAUGGUUUGAUGUUGAUGUGUAACUUGUUUUUACAUUUUGAUUGGAAUAUUAAUCCGCUUCGCUGCUAGAAAUUGCGAAUUUCUAGAGAUGUAAAUCCCUUUUUAUUCGUCAAUAUCGUAAACCAAAUGUAACGCUCCUAAGGUUAAGGUUCUCAUAGGUUUAAAUGUAAACAUAUGACAUCGCGAAUAUUCAGGAAAUCAAUUUUUCGUGCUUUUAGACAAUAUUGCCUUGCCGGGUAAAUGUUAGUUAUUUAGAAGAAUUUAUUUCAUGUUGUUUAAAUUAGUGAUAUGCAUAAUUUGAUUUGUACUAAUUCAUGUCAUUUAUUUCAAGAAAUUGAUUUUAAGGUUUAAUAUCGCUUAUUUGAUUUCAGUUUGAUAAAUCUCGUCAUGAUUUAAAUAAGAAUAUGUAAUUUUUCUGUUGAAAAUAAUGCCUUGUAAUAAAUUACGUUAUUAUAUCCAAUUUCCCUUGUUGUAUUGCAUCCAUAUACAUGUAAUUGUAAACUAGUAAGUACAUGUACGAGGAUUGUCUUUUGACAUAAUUUUUUUUUCUUCAAUAGUGCAAUUAGAGAAGCCACAAAUUAAAUAAUCAAGACUUCAACUGUCAUAGAUCAGCUUAUUAGACACCAAUUAAAAGACCGGUUGCACUCUGCAUUGCAAAUGCUUUGCUUUCAAGCACUUUUCCGGUCUUCAUUGGCCGCGUGGUUACCCGUCUAUUCCUUGCAUGUAUCAAGAUUAAUGCAUAAAUCUUUAAGAAGUCAUAAUGAAAAAAUGCAAACAUUUAAUGUUGUUACGUAGGUCAUUUCAUAAUGUUUUUCAUACCUAGCAACAACUAAUGUAUGUAGUUCGCAUUCUGACUAUUGCAGUAAAAUCAUUCGUAAAAGGUGCAUUAAAUAAGUUGCAACGAGGCAGUUCAAAAUGACAUAUGCAUUGAAUUUGAUUAUACGAAAGUGGCAAAUUGCCCGACUGCUAUACAUUUGCCUUUACGAUGACACCACUCAUCGCAUUUAUAUAUUUCCUUGCUCUUAAGAUACCCUUGAACUAUACCUGGGCUAAGUAAUGGCGAUUGUAUAUAUCAUGAUUGUAGAUACAUGGCAUUAUUUUCAUAAUGCAAGUUCACAAUGCAAGUAACAUGCAAUUUGCGCAGGAUUGCAUUGUAAUUUAUUUAUUUAUGUAUAUGUUGCUAGUUACGACAGAUUUUUAUUUUGUAUGUCCAUGAAACGAAGUUUUCAGUUCCUUUUUGUUUCGUCAAAAUUAUUUUUGUGAUGAGUCUGUAGAAGACUUAGGGGCUGGUAUUCCUAUUGUAAUGUUGGAGACGAAUGCAUUGUAUAAUGCGCAUAUUUCAAAUUCAAAUAAAUAUAUGAUAACUUUAAA